UUCUUCGUCUCCUCUGACGCGCCCCUCCCAUCCUCCCUAUCCACCAUUCUUCUCUUCUUCAAAGCUUCGACAAGAGACGACUUUUCUUUACUCUCUCUUUCACGCCAGAUUUUUGGUUCUUUUCUUUGGAUGCUCAGUGUUUUCAAAGUACAGAAUGAGUAAAGUUAACAGUGAGGAAUCUUCUAGUAGCCAGAAAUUGUUGAGAGAGGUUGAGACGAUAAGCGAGGCUCUGUAUGUGAAUAAGAAUCCUAGGAGUUCAGUUUCUGGUCCUAAUAAGGCUCCAACAAAACCUUUGAGUCGUAGCCAAUUGGCUGAGCCUCAGAAGGAGAAGAAAUCGUUUUGGAAUUGGCCUCUCAGAGCCCUUUCCCAUGUCCGAAAUCGUCGAUUCAAUUGUUGUUUCUCUGCCCAAGUUCAUUCCGUUGAAGGGUUACCUCCGACAUUCCAGGAUCUUUCUCUCACUGUGCACUGGAAACGUCGUGAUGAAUCUUUGAGCUCUCGUCCUGCAAAAGUUUCAAAUGGAAGAGCUGAUUUCAAGGACAAGCUGACACAUACAUGCUCGGUUUACGGAAGCAGAAGCGGACCACAUCACUCAGCUAAGUAUGAGGCUAAGCAUUUCUUGUUGUAUGUCUCUCUGGUUGGAUCUCCUGAGGUUGAUUUGGGAAAACAUCGAAUGGAUCUCACUAAGUUGCUUCCACUGACACUUGAGGAGUUGCAGGAUGAGAAAAGCUCAGGUAAGUGGUCAACAACAUUUCAGUUGACUGGAAAGGCUAAUGGUGCUACUUUAAGCAUGAGUUUUGGGUACACUGUUGUUGGGGAUACUCGUAAUCCUGCUUCAUCAGGUAGCAAUCAGAAUUUACGCAGUUCUUCAAAUGUAAAACAAACUAGUAAUAACACAGGGUUGGCAAGAACUAUCACUGCAAAGUCUAGUCCUGGGAACGGAAAGUCCACGUCUCGGCGUUAUGAUCAUGGCAUUGUUAACAAAGGAUCGCAUCCGACAUCCCAAAAUAUGGAGGAAAUUAAAGAUCUUCAUGAAGUUUUGCCCGCUGCACAAUCUGACCUGGUCAAUUCUGUUAACAUUUUGUAUCAGAAAUUUGAUGAGGAGAAGAUGGAUCCAACAACUGAGUCUCAGUUCGAAUUUGAUGUUGUCACUAAACACAUGGAACCUGUUGAGUCAGUGUCUUGUGGCAAAGAAGAUGCAAAUGCACUUCAAAGCGAGCCUCUGGUGGCCAGGAAUGAAACUGGUGAUCCUUUUGAGGAAAUAAAGAAAGCUGGCGAAGUUCCUACUGCUGGAAGUGACCAAGUUGGUACAGAAAUAUCCUUGGUAAACGGUAAUGAAACUGAUACUCCUUUUGAAGAGAUAAACAAAGCUGGUGAAGUUCCUACUGCUGUAAGUGACGAAGUUGGUACAGAAAAAUCCUUGGUAAACGGUAAUGAAACUGAUACUCCUUUUGAAGAGAUAAACAAAGCUGGUGAAGUUCCUACUGCUGUAAGUGACGAAGUUGGUACAGAAAAUUUGCCUCCACAAGAGCCCUUGGUAAAUGGAAAUGAAACUGAUGUUCUUUUUGAGGAAUUAGUGAAAGCUGGCGAAGCUACUAUUGCUAGAAGUGAAGAAGCUGUUGAGAUUGGUACAGAAAAUGUGCCUCCAGAAGAGGGGAACAAAGUUUCCCCAAAGGACGAGGAAAAUGUUGUUUCUCAAGAUGCUGAUGAGGUCAUAAACGGUGAGAGAGACUUGAAGGAAAUGAUCAUGAAAGAUCUUGAAUCAGCUUUGAAAAGUGUAGAAUUGUUGGAAGCAACGGCGUCAGAAGAUGAGGAAGAUCAAGAAAAUCAUGGAAACGGAGAUACAUGUUUUAUAACACCAAUUAAGGAACCAGCACCAUCAAGUUCAAGAGAUGUGGUUGAAUCUGUGGCAAGUGAAUUCUUAGACAUGCUAGGUAUCGAACACAGCCCUUUUGGUCUAAGUUCUGAGAGUGAACCUGAGUCCCCAAGGGAGCGCCUAUUAAGAGAGUUUGAAAUGGAAACACUAGCGGCCGGUUCUUUGUUUGAUUUUAGUAUUGAAGCUAAUGAUUCCCAAAUGGAAUUUGAUGAAAACUUUUCGAACGAGUAUGAAUCGGAUUUUGAAGAAGGUUUUGAUCUGGCAUCCCUCGUUCAUGAUAUAGAAGAAGAGUACCAAUUGGAAGCUCAAGCAAGAGUUAGUGAACCCCGGGCCAAAAUGUUGGAAGACUUGGAAACGGAAUCACUGAUGCGUGAGUGGGGUAUGAAUGAAAACACAUUUCAGAACUCUCCACCUCACAAUGGCCGUAAUGCAUUUCAUCCAGCUGAUUUUCCAAUGAAAGAGCCAUUUGAUUUGCCUCCACUUGGAGAUGGAUUGGGUCCAGUUGUGCAGACAAAGAAUGGAGGAUUCUUGCGGUCAAUGAAUCCUAUACUGUUCAGGAAUUCUAAAGCUGGAGGCAGCUUGAUCAUGCAAGUGUCAACUCCAGUGGUUGUGCCUGCUGAGAUGGGCUCUGGUAUCAUGGAGAUACUUCAGAAAUUAGCCACUGCUGGAAUUGAGAAGCUCUCUAUGCAGGCAAAUAAAGUAAUGCCGUUGGACGAUAUAACAGGGAAAACCAUGGAAGAGGUGUUGUGGGGAACUUCACCUGCAAUUGACGGUGGGGACAGGGAUCAUAUUUCAGAGCAUGAAUUUGAUGAUGCAGCUGGUUUUGUGAGGGGAGGUGAAAAACGAACAUCAUUUGCAGCUAAGCCAAAAAAGUUUGGUUCAAGCUCUGGUAACAAUAACUCUGACUCGGAGUAUGUGUCACUUGACGAUCUUGCUCCUUUGGCUAUGGAUCAGAUUGAAGCACUUUCUUUGGAAGGAUUGAGAAUACAAUCAGGAAUGUCAGAUGAGGAUGCACCCUCGGACAUCACUGCACAAUCUAUUGGAGAUAUCUCAGCCUUCCAGGGGAAAAGUGGGUGCGUUGGUCUAGAAGGUGCCGCCGGGUUACAACUUUUGGACAUAAAAGAUAAUGAAGACGAUGAUGAUGAUGGUUUGAUGGGACUCUCCUUGACUCUUGAUGAGUGGAUGAAGUUAGAUUCAGGAGACAUUGGCGACGAAGACGAAAUAAAUGAGCGAACUUCCAAAAUUUUGGCAGCCCAUCAUGCUAACCCACUAAACUUUAUCCGUAAAGGAUCGAAAGGGGAGAAAAGAAAGGGAAAAAAGGGAAGGAAAUGUGGUUUACUGGGAAAUACCUUCACCGUAGCACUAAUGGUCCAGCUCCGAGAUCCACUAAGGAACUAUGAGCCAGUAGGAGCUCCUAUGCUUUCUCUUAUCCAAGUUGAGAGAUUGUUCGUCCCUCCAAAGCCCAAAAUCUACAGCACAGUGUCAGAGCUGAGGAAAACCGAUGAAGAGGAUGAUGAAGCGGAGGCAAGUGGUGCAGUCAAAGAAGAGAAAACAAUUGAGGAACAAGGAAUCCCUCAGUACAAAAUCUCAGAGGUACACCUUACUGGUAUGAAGAGCGAGACCAAUAAAAAGCCGUGGGGAAUCACGAGUCAGCAGCAGCAGGUGCAGUCUGGUUCAAGGUGGUUGAUGGCUAAUGGAAUGGGUAAAGGGAACAGCAAGCUUCCUCUUAUGAAACCAAAACCGGGUUUGACAAAGUCUGGUGAUAAGUUGUGGAGUGUCUCUGGUUCUGGGUCUAAAUGGAAAGAGCUUGGGAAAAUGGGAAAAUUGAACACACACGUGCGAAAUCCGAAUGUAAUAAUGCCAAAAUGAAAUUAACGAAGUAGCAUGCGUCUGCUGUGUGUUUUUUGAUGCUAAGUAAAGGUAAUGUUAUGUUGUGUUGUGGAUUGUGUAGAUUCACUUCAAAUGUUGCAUCUGUUUUGUAUCA